AUGGCGGCUAGUUCCUUCAAGCUACUGUUCACUCCGCCCGAAAUUAAUCCUGCCACUCGCAAGGCAAAAUCUAUUCCCAUCUUCAACCCAUUUGAUCAAUAUGGUCGGGUAUUCUUCUUCUCUUGGCUGGGUUUUAUGGUCGCAUUCCUAUCCUGGUAUGCGUUUCCGCCCCUGAUGACUGUCACUAUCAAGAAGGACUUGCAUAUGACCCAGGAGGAUGUUGCCAACUCGAACAUUGUUGCGCUACUCGCAACAUUUCUUGUCCGAUUCAUCGCAGGUCCACUUUGUGACCGGUUCGGACCACGCUUGGUCUUUGUAGGGCUUUUGAUCGGUGGUUCUAUUCCCACAGCUAUGGCUGGUCUUGUGACGACUCCGAAGGGAUUAAUUGCCUUGCGCUUUUUCGUCGGAAUUCUGGGCGGAACAUUUGUUCCUUGCCAGGUUUGGUGUACUGGCUUCUUCGACAAAAGAAUUGUGGGAACGGCCAAUUCCCUAGCUGCAGGCUGGGGUAACGCCGGCGGAGGAAUCACCUAUUUUGUCAUGCCUGCCUUAUAUGACUCCCUCGUCGCGAGUCAAGGCCUCGCGCCCCACAAAGCGUGGCGGGUGGCUUACAUCGUCCCUUUCAUCAUCAUCAUUACACUUGCACUGGGAAUGCUGUUCUUAUGCGAAGAUACCCCGACAGGCAAAUGGUCGGAGCGACAUCUCUGGGCAAAAGAAACGUCUCCAGCCGACGCUCUUUGUGCUGGAAAUAUCGUCGAUAUCAACUCUGGGAAUUCCUCUGCUGGGCCAUCGGCUACUCCUUCUGUUUACAACAUCAAUGCUUCCGACAUAGAAAAGAAGGGCGCGCAAUCUCCUCAAAUUAUUGAUCAAGACGCUUCCGCAAUGGGACAAGUGGAUACGUUCCAACAAGACACCGUUGUCGCUCCCUCUCGUAAAGAAGCCAUGCGUGUUGCACUGAGCUUGUCCACCCUCGCCGUGGCAGUCUGCUAUGCUUGUUCAUUCGGAUCUGAGCUUGCCAUCAAUUCGAUCCUUGGUACAUAUUAUGCCAAGAACUUCCCUCACAUGAGCCAAACGAAGUCAGGGCAAUGGGCCGCGAUGUUUGGCCUCCUGAAUGUGGUUUUUCGACCCGCUGGAGGUCUCUUUGGAGAUUUGAUCUAUCGGGCUACAGGCUCCAUUUGGUCCAAGAAAUUGUUGCUGUCUUUCAUGGGUCUUUCCAUGGGAGCCUUUCAGUUGGCGAUCGGAUUGUCCAACCCAACUAGCGAAGCAACUAUGUUUGGCCUGGUGGCCGGUCUAGCUUUCUUCCUAGAAGCAUGCAAUGGUGCAAACUUCGCUGUUGUUCCUCAUGUUCACCCAUAUGCGAAUGGUAUCGUAUCUGGUAUUGUGGGUGGGUUUGGGAAUCUUGGCGGAAUCAUUUUCGCUAUUAUCUUUCGAUACAAUGGCUCCCAGUAUGGGAAAUCCAUGUGGAUUAUCGGUGUCAUCUCUUUGGCGGCCAAUCUCGCUGUCAGCUGGAUACGCCCUGUCCCAAAAGUUCCGGUUAUUCAAUCUUGA